UAUUUGGAGGAUUGCUCCGGCAGGCUCCAUCUUUACAAGAUGAUGACCAGAGAGACAUUUUUUGCUUGUAUCUUCUCCCAGGUAGUAACAGAAGCAUGAAGGCUUUCAGAAAGGAAGUGGUAUUUGUAAUCGACAUAAGUGGCAGCAUGCGAGACGACCCUUUAGAGAAAACGAAAUAUGAAGUCAUAGGAUCUCUUUGGAAGCUUAAUCAAGGAGAUUCUUUUAACAUUUUAGCUUCAAAUGGAGAGGUUAGAUCGUUCUCGAGUUCGUUGGAGUUGGCAACAGAGGAAACGAUCAUGAAUGCAACUGAAUGGCUGAACACAAAUAUUGUUGCUGAUGGAGGUACCAACUUGCUGCUACCCCUAAAACAGGCAAUUCAAAUGGUUGGUAAAACUUGUGAUUCCAUUCCUUUGGUUUUUCUAGUCACCGAUGGGGCUGUUGAAGAUGAAAGAGAGAUUUGUAAUAUGAUGAAAGGUCACAUUGUGGAUGGAGAAUUGAACUCUCCUCGAAUUUUCACAUUUGGCAUAGGUUCAUACUGUAAUCAUUAUUUCUUGCAAAUGCUUGCAAAUAUUGGAAAGGGGUGUCACGAUUCUGCAUACGAUGUAGAUUCAAUCAGUUUUCGUAUGCAACGAUUGCUUGACAAAGCUACGACACCUUUGCUUUCGAAUGUAAUCCUUGACGGUCUCGAGUCACACCAGCUAUUCCCAUUUCGUCUUCCAGACUUGUGGUCUGGAAGUCCGUUAAACGUAUCAGGCAGAUUCGAAGGGAACUUUCCAGACAUUGUUAAGGUUAAAGGUUUCUUGGGGGAUCUAAGCACUUAUGUGAUUGAUGUCAAAGUGAGGGAGGCAAAGGACAUGCCUUUAGAUAUGGUAUGUGCAAGGAGGGAGGUUGGUACACUCACAGCACAAGCAUGGUUAGACCAAGAUAGAAAAUUAGAGGAAAAGGUUGCAAAAAUGAGCUUGCAAAGAGGGGUUCCUUCCGAAUAUACUCGCAUGAUUCUAGUUCAAAAUGAUAAUGUAAAGCCACCCCUCAAUUCAGUUCUACCAAAAGAGAAGUAUAGCAAGUCAAAGAAUCAAAGGAUAAGUUGCCCAAUGAAUUUAAAUGUCGGAUUUGGUAACUUGAUCGCGACUGCUGAGAAUCUACCGCCCGGAAUCGAGGAAUUGCAGUUGAGCGAACCAGCAGCAAAAGUGAUGCAAGCAGCUUUGUAUUGCUGGACCGUCUUUCGUGAUAGAUUUUGUUGCAAGUGCUUCAUUCGGACAUGUGGUCAGGUUAAUGACCAAUGCGCUAUUGCUUUAGCGGAACUAUGCACUGCUCUUGCUUGCUUUCAAUGUAUAAGUUGUUGUUGUGACACUUGUGACUCGUGCACUGAAAUGUGCUCAUGCCUGUAGAACGAACGUAUAUAUAAUUGU